AUGGAAUCGAGAUAUAUUGGGUACAAUUUCCUGAUCAGCGGUGAUGGAAAAGUCUACAUUGGACGGGGGUGGAGAACCGUCGGUGCUCACACCAUUGGUGUCAACAAGAAGAGCAUUGGGAUUGCUUUGAUUGGGACGUUUUAUGAUAAGUCACCAAAUUCAGUUCAAUUGAAUUCAAUGAAAAAUUUAAUUAAUUUUGGAAUUGCUUUUGAUUUUAUUGAUAAAAAAUUUAAAUAUUAUUCUGAGAUCAAUGACGUGCGUCCUUAUAUUAAUGAUCAACAUAAUAUUUCAAAUUUUUCUGAAAUGAUUCAAAAUGCACAAUAA